AUGCGGCUGAAAAGCCAUAUUGCUUCCAGUUUGUACAAAGAUUUUCAUGGAGACGAAGACGAUGAUAAUAGUAGUGAUAGUCAAGAAACCGAGGGUAUCAGACGAUUAGGCAAUUAUAUAGAUAGGCGUUCACUUCGUGCUCUUCAAAAACGGAUCCAAUCAAUUAAGAUGACAGUAUUAAUUUUAAUUCCUUGUAUUGGCUUGGCUGCUAUAACAGUUUCCAGCUUGGUCAACAACACAUUUCAGCAGAAUCAGGCUAAUCAAGUUAAGAAGGAGAUUUCUUCGAGCAUUCAAUUGGGUGAUCUUAUUCACCGUUUACAGAUUGAACGGGGUCAAACUGUCUUAUAUGUUAGUAGUAAUUAUGAUAGAAAUAUGUUUAAGUCAUUGAUUCAAGAAAGAUUAGAAACAAACAGAGCAAUAGACAAGAUUCAACCAUGGCCAACAGUAGAAUUGCAUAGUUUAAACGAAAAAGCAUCUUAUUUAGCCAAUCGUAGUGCCAUCUAUGAAUAUUUAAAUUAUCAUCGUGACAAAGUGGUCGAUAUUGCCAAUACUACCGCUAUGAAUGAAUUAAUUUUUUAUUCUAAUAUUAAUAGUCAUUUAUUGGGUUGGAUUUCCACUGGUAUCCGCAAUGUGCAGACAGACAGUUUGUGGAAUGUAUUAGUUGCUUAUCAAAUGCUAUUAAAGGGCAAAGAAGAGACCGGCUUUGAAAGAGCUGUUGGUAGUAUCUAUUUCUUACGAACGAACUUAAGCUAUCGGGAGGCGUUACUUUAUUACGCUAAAUUACAACUUGGUAAUAUGAGCUUAACUUCAGCUGUUCAGUAUUCCAAUUAUAUUGCUCUUCAUUUUAAUGAAACGGUCUCUAAUGCGAGUAUCAAUCAACGUUUGCAGUCGUUACGCAGUAUUAUAACCGAAAAUAUCCCUCAUAAGCCAUCCAUUGAACAGGCUAACGAUUGGUUUGCAUACAUGUCUGCCUAUAUUAAUCAACUGAAAAUCAUUCAAGAUAGAACGGCCCUAUAUAUCCAAUCUCAAUCAACAAAAAUUAGCGAAGUUGCAGCCCAAAAUUUUAUACUUUCACUCAUUCUACUAAUGAGUGUUUUAUUUAUUUGUCCAGUCUUGAUCUUCCUAACCGUUAAAUUAACGAAAAGCAUUCAAACUUAUGCAGUCAAUUUAGCCACCAAAACUAAAAAAUUGAAACGCGAAAAGAUUAAAACAGACGCACUCUUAUGUGAAAUGUUACCAAAAUCGAUUGCUGAACGAUUAAAACGAGGUCAAGAUAUAGUAGCUGAAAAAUACGAUAACGUUACAAUCUAUUUCAGCGAUAUUGUUGGCUUUGAGCAAAUUUGCCAUCAGUGUUCAGCUAUGGAUAUAGUUGACAUGUUGAAUAAUAUCUACUUGUUGUUUGAUGUCCAAACUGAUAAACAUGAAGUCUAUAAAGUUGAAACUAUUGGUGAUGCUUAUAUGGUAGUGUCAGGCUUGCCGAAAAAAUUACCGGAUGAUCGUCAUGCUGUGGAAAUUACCGAAAUGGCAUUAGAUAUGUUAAACUCGAUCAAAAAAGUAAAACUGCCUCAAAACCCAAAUACUCAAAUUCAGUUACGAGCUGGGAUCCAUUCUGGAUCUUGUGCAGCUGGAGUAAUCGGUAGAAAAAUGCCUCGAUAUUGUUUAUUUGGUGAUGCUGUAAAUAUAGCAUCAAGAAUGGAAUCAAGCGGAGAAGCAUCAAAAAUACAUUGCAGCGAAGCGACCUAUCGAAAAUUGGUGCAAACUUAUCAAUAUCGACUGAUAGAAAGAGGAGAAGUGAAUAUCAAGGGAAUAGGAAAUAUGAGAACUUAUUGGAUAAUUGGCAAAAUGAUCACUUUGAACUCUUUCAACAUCUAA